CCAAUGCAGUUUGUCCACAUCAGCACUUACACCUCAGCCAUGGAAGAGACAGGACGCAGAAAAUGAGUUGACAGUAACAAACCUUGAUAUCUACGAGUUGAUUCUCAACCGAUCCAUUUCUGACCGAAGGAAAUUGUACCCCGACUACGAAUAUGUCUCUGCUUAGCCCCAAAACCAUCGUGAUUACCGCCAUUUCGGGCAAACAGCCCGUCUAUCGAUCCAUGAAUCUCUCCGACAACAUGGACGAAGAGGGCGAACCUAAAAAACGACGACGCUUGACCCAUCUGUCAGCUGAAGAAAAAAUGUUGCGAAGGAAACUGAAAAACAGAGUCGCAGCACAAACAGCCCGUGACAGAAAGAAGGCGCAAAUGAGCGACCUCGAAAUAAAAAUUGCCAAGUUGGAAUCCGAAAAUAAAAAAUUGCAAACAGAAAAUAAAUUGCUGAAAACAAAUUCCACAUCGCUUGUGAAAGAGAACGAAGCCCUGAAGGAACGACUGGGUCAGGUGGCUUCCUCUGUCAGUUUGUCGUGUGGGCGUGUGAGCAAGUCUGAACCCCCCAGGUCUGCAGCACCUGCUGAUCCUCUGCCGAAGGAACAGAUCCAGGCUCUCUCCCACGUCCUCGUGAUGCACUACGCAGCAUUCUCCCUCACUCUCAGCCUGAUGUUCUGCUUGGUCUGCUCGAGCAACUCCAAGAAGGGUCAACAGGCAUCAAGUCGCAAGCGAAAACAAGCACAUCCAGCCCGCUGUCCGACCAUGCUUCCGGAACAGCCACGCCCAAGCGAUCAGUGGUGGGGGCGUCACCAGCAGAACUGGAAUCCAUCAAUGAACUGAUUAAGUUUGACCACAUAUAUUACAAGGUGGAACCCAAUACCCAGACUGCAGCCAAGAGCAGUCCUGCUUCUCAGACAAACACGAAGGACCAAGUUGCUGUGUGCCAUGUCCCAUCGGGACAGGAGGUCAAACAGGAAGUGUCUGUUCCCAUGACAACAGACAGUGAAACCGCGUCUAAUGUAGAAAUGGACAUUCCAACCAUUUGCAUUGAUGAUGAUUCAAGUAUCGAGGGCGAUACAGGACUGCAGCUUCUUGAGGACAUAGAAAGCCUGCUUCAGUCCGAGGAACUGCUCGACUUUGCAGAUCUGGAUCCCGCAAGCUUGACUUCAGGGAGUGUUGAGAUUGAGAAGGAAAAUGAUUGCAGCAAAACACGAGGCCAGAAAAGGAAACACUCUGCUUCAAAUAGCAACUCCGGGUCUCUAGACAGUCUUUCAGUCGACGACCAUUUGCAAGAUUAUUUCAGUGAUUCUGGAAUCAGUGAUGUUCCAUCCCCAUCCAGUGACAUGUCAUCUUCUCUUGGUGACGAAACGUGGCAUGAGUCGUUCUCGGAACUCUUCCCCGAUCUGUUGUAAUGUGUGUGUUCACCUGGAGUGUUCCAGGGUGUUCCAGUUGGACUCGUUAGAGCCUGGAGUUGUUUCCUUGAGGUCAGAGACACUUCUAUGUGAUAGAGACAGCAGUGAUUGGCCCCAGCUGUAUAUUGUUUUCAUUUUCAUUCACUCAUCCCUGUAAUAAAGUGAAAGGAAUUUGGGUUCCA